GUCUCUCAACCAGGGGCGGCCAGAAGGAAACAGACUGCCCACCCAGGCGCCCGCAGCCCAAGCCCGCACCAGGGACAAGGCGGGCUCAGCCUUCAGCUUCCCAGUGGCUCGCCAUCGCCAUCGUUGUCUCUGUACCCCGGUCCACAGCGGAGCUACCAGACUGUGCGAAGAUCCCUCUCUGCCACAGGUCUCCCAGUGACAAUGUCUUCCAUUAAGAUUGAGUGUGUUUUGCCCGAGAAGUGUCGCUGUGGAGAGUCUCCAGUGUGGGAGGAAGCAUCCAACUCUCUAGUCUUCGUAGACAUUCCCACCAAGAAGGUUUGCCGGUGGGACUCGCUCACUAAGGCAGUGCAGCGAGUGAUCUUGGAUGCCCCAGUCAGCUCUGUGGCCCUUCGCAAGUCAGGAGGCUAUGUCGCCACCAUUGGAACAAAGUUCUGUGCUUUGAACUGGGAAGAUCAAUCAGUAGUUGUCCUGGCCACUGUGGAUAAAGACAAGAAAAACAACCGAUUCAAUGACGGGAAGGUGGACCCCGCUGGCAGAUACUUCGCUGGCACCAUGGCAGAGGAAACAGCACCAGCAGUUCUUGAGCGACGCCAAGGCUCCCUGUACUCCCUCUUUCCUGACCACCGUGUAAAGAAGUACUUUGACCAGGUGGAUAUCUCCAAUGGCUUGGAUUGGUCCCUAGACCACAAAAUCUUCUAUUACAUUGACAGCCUGUCUUACUCCGUGGAUGCCUUUGACUACAACCUGCAGACGGGACAGAUCUCCAACCGCAGAAGUGUUUACAAGCUGGAGAAGGAUGAACAAAUCCCAGACGGAAUGUGUAUUGAUGCUGAGGGAAAGCUUUGGGUGGCCUGUUACAAUGGAGGAAGAGUGAUUCGGUUAGACCCUGAGACAGGAAAACGGCUCCAAACCGUGAAGUUACCUGUGGAUAAAACAACUUCAUGCUGCUUCGGAGGGAAGGACUACUCUGAAAUGUAUGUGACCUGUGCCCGGGACGGGUUGGAUGCCGAGGCUCUUCUGAGGCAACCGGAAGCUGGUGGAAUUUUCAAGAUAACUGGCCUGGGGGUCAAGGGACUUGCACCCCACCCCUAUGCAGGGUGA